AUGUACCGACUAUCUCAACUGAUGUCAGCGCCAGUAGCAAGAUCCUCUGGGUCGGAGAGAGAACACGCUGGAGAGCUGUCUCCCAUGUGCAUUUUCCCAAGUUUUGCCUGUGAUCUCCUGGAUGGUGACAGUUCUUUUGAAUGCUGUUCCAUAGAUCCUCUGACAGGUUCUCACAUUGCCUGUCGUCGAAGCCCCAGACUCCUCUCCAAUGGCUACUACAUUUGGACAGAAGACAGCUUCUUCUGUGACAGAGAUGGCAACAUAACCCUGAGCCCAUCCCAGACCAGUGUUAUGUACAAGGAGAACUUAGUUAGAAUAUUUAGGAAAAAAAAGAGGAGUCGCCGUUCCCUUUCUUCUCUCUUCCAUCUCAGUGCCUCUAAAUCCUGGCUCCAUGGAAAUAUCUUUGGUGAUGCUGACCCUCCCCCAAGUGAAGACAUCUGGUUGGAGGGGCUCAGAAGGCUGGAUUCUUACCACUGCGAUGAAUACAAGACCAGUUUGUUACAAGAAGUCUUUUUUCAAGCCAUCCUGCUGACCACAUGCUUCAUCUUUUCUGCAUGUGCAAGAUGGUUUCUGGGAGAAGUAUUAGCCAGUAUCUUCACAUGCUCGUUGAUGAUCAUUAUAGCUUAUGUUGUCAAGUCAUUGUUUCUCACUGUUGUCAGCUAUCGCAAAGCCACCACCUGUGCUCGGUAA